AUGCGUCAGGCGCACAACAUCCUCAUCCUAGUAACGCUAUCGCCGCUUCUCUGUCGCCGCACCUUCACUGGACGUAAGCCAACGUCUAUCGCAAAUAAACUUCAUAGAAGGCUGUUCUACUUCUCCCUACUCGUGAACGUGUCGGGUUACCAACAGCCAGACGUACAGACGUGUCCACCCAGGUUAAAGUCUAUGAUGAGCAUGAUAGCGACGGAGGCUGACGUAUCAAUGAAAUGUAAGGAUAAGAACCGACCCCGAAGUCCCAUGAGCGCAUUCGCCUGCUUUGUUCAGGUCAUUCGCGAGAAAUACCGUUCACAGCAUCCCAAUGACAAUAUUAUUUUUAGCGAAUUUGCCAAAAAGUGUGCAGAAAAGUGGCGGCAAAUGUCCCCAGAAGAGAGGGACCCCUUUGAUGAAAUGUGUCGGCUGGACGUCAAGCGGUACAAUCACGAGAUGGGAGAGUACAUACAGUCCGGUGGUGGUGGUGGAUCCCUUUCGCAUCCCCACCAUCCCCAUCAACACCACCAACGUGGCAUGAAACGGAAACGAACCAAAGAUCCAGGCAUGCCAAAGCGCUCCUGGUCGGCUUUCUUCUUUUUCUGUGACGAGUACAGACCGAAAAUUCGUGAGGCCCACCCUGACUGGAAAGUUAGUGAAAUCGCCAAGGAGUUGGGAAAACGAUGGGAGGGAUGCACCGACAAAAGCAGCUAUGAGCUCCGAGCGCAGAACGACAAAUUACGCUACGAGGAGGACAUGCGAAAGUAUAAGGAAGGCCAGCCUGUGGAAGCCCCAAAGCGGGGCAGGAUGUUUGAAACAGCCACUGCGGAGUUAGGUGGCGAGACUGAACAUCAGACAUUGCAGGCGACACCGCAGGGCCCUACUUCCGUUGACGGCCACGAGGAGGCAAUGGAUGCUACGACUGCUGGAGAUGAUGAUGAAGAGGACGAAGAAGAGGAGGAGGGGGAAGAAGGAGAAGAAGAGGAGGACGACAAUGAGGAGAGCGGCGAAGAAAAUGAACCAGCGGGGCAACAGGGAGUUGAAGGUCCCCUCAGUGAUGGUGAACAGAGAGGAGAAGAGGAGGAGGAGGAAGAAGAAGACGAGGAUGAGGCAGAAGGGGAGGCGGAGGCUGAAAAAGAAGGAGGGAUUCAAACUUCACAUGCGGCUGGCCGGCCGGAAGGGACAGUUCGCCCUCCUCUGAACUCAUUUUCUGUGGCCUUUGUCAGCGGUGCCGAGAUCGAACGCAUGGAUUCCACGGAACCGCCUGAGUGA